AUGCUAUCUUCAGCGCUUUUUCUUGUUCUUUCGUCUGUCUCCUUCGUCGCGGCCAAUGGCGCCGGCCAGCCUGUUCGUCCUGGCGACAUCCCUGGCGACAUUGCCAACGUCGGAAACAAUCGGUACACAGCACGAAUGACGUUCGGUCACGACAAAACACAGUCCGUAAAUGUCCUACUCGACACUGGAAGCACUGACCUCUGGAUACAUCCGGCCGGUGGCAUGAAAGCAGAGUUCACGAGCACCGGCGUCACCCACAAAAUUACUUAUGGCGGCGGCUCCUACAUCAAUGGCAUGAUCGGUCUGGCUGAGAUCAAUAUAGCAGGCUUCACGAUCGGUAAACAAGCUUUCAUCAAUGCCUCGGAGAGCUAUCACCAAGACUUAUGCAAUGAUGCCAAUGAUGUCUGUGGCCUUGUUGGUCUCGGCUUCGACUCUCCAAAGCAAGGAAUCCAGCACGCACUCAUUGCAGCUGGAAAAGAUGGCGCUUCCAUAGGGAAGUCUGUUCUUUCCAAUAUAUACGACGCCAACCCGACUAUGCCUCGUCUAUUUGGACUUUCACUAUCUCGUGGUGGAGACUCCGCUGUUGGUGCAGACGAAGUCAGUUUGGCCAUCGGACAAUGCGACCCCAACUAUGAUAAUGUCCGCAACAUGCCAAAAUUCCCGGUCUAUCCUCCUGGCGCACUGAGCUGGCACAUUCUUGCUCGUGGUGCCCAGGUCAACGGUCAAGACAUUGACUGGUUAGCAAACGAUGCUUCUACACCGUUCGGUCACCAUGUUAUCGGCUUGGAUUCUGGCACCACGAAUAUUUUGCUACCGCCUUACAUCCGCGACGCGGUCUACUCCAAAGUUCCUGGAGCAGCGCUGGCAAAGAAUUCCAAGCUUCAUAACUCCCAUUGGAGCAACGAUACAGAUGUGUGGGUCAUUCCUUGUGAUACGCCCGUGAACUUCACAAUGGUCUUUGGGCAAGUUCGUUUUAAUGGCGACUCAGGGAUUGAUAGCUACAUUCCGUAUCACGUGCAUCCCCUCGACAUGACGGACAUGUAUGUCAAAAAGGGUCCCGAUGGCAAGACCUACACCAUUUGCGUUGGUUCAGCAACCAAUGGUGGAUCUAUAACUAGUGGAAAGACUGACGGUCUUUUUGGUGCAAGCUUUAUGCGAAACGUCUACUCUGUCUUUUCCUUCGGUGACACUAUCAACAACACCUCUCCCAAUGGCGCACCUCCUUAUAUCCAAUUGCUAUCCAAGACCAACUCAGCGGAAUGGGCGGCUGGUGAUUUUGCGGCUGUCCGUGGACCAAAUGUAGCGAUGAGCACACGCAACGCACCAGAGCUUGCGCCAACGGACUUGAUUAUGCUAUUCGACGGCAAGGCACCGGCAAUGACGGGGCCCAGCACGAGUGGCUCAACACCGUCUCGGCCAAAUCCCGGCUCGGGCUCUUCAUCUGGCUCCCAAAGCUGCCCCACAAACUUCAAAAAUGCUGCUGCGCUCUCUGAAUCGUCGAUGGGAGGUCCUUCCUCCUCUAUGGACAAAUUCAUCCCCGUCAUCGUCGGUCUACUUGUUGCCAACCUCGUCGUCGGACUUGUUGUCGUCGCAUUCUCAGUGUUGCGAUACAUCCGAGAGCGCAGAUCUGUCGGGGUGUCGCGGAGUAGCUCCCUGAGGACGCUUUAUGCACCUGUCAUGACGCGCGAAAAGGAGGCUGACGCGCUGACAUAUGAACCUGAGCGGCCAUAUUCGGAUCGCACUUGA